AUGCCAGAGGUGACAGGUUAUUGCAAGAGAAAAGUCUUUGAAAAGGUGCUUCAAGAAGACCUAGAACAGGAGCAGGUCAGGGUCAAUUCUCUCACUCACAUGGUGGUGGUGGUUGACGAAACUAGUGGGGAUCAUGCAACCGCUGCCUUAGAAGAACAACUUAAGGUACUGGGAGAUCGAUGGGCAAACAUUUGUAGAUGGACAGAAGACCGCUGGGUUCUUUUACAAGACAUUCUUCUAAAAUGGCAACGUUUUACAGAAGAACAGUGCCUUUUUGGUGCAUGGCUUUCAGAAAAAGAAGAUGCAUUGAACAAGAUUCCCACUACUGCCUUUAAGGAUCAAAAUGAAAAGUUAUCAAGUCUUCAAAAACUGGCUGUUUUAAAAACAGACCUAGAAAAGAAAAAGCAAACCAUGGACAAACUCUCCUCUCUCAACCAAGAUCUUCUUUCAACACUGAAAAAUAAAUCAGUGGCCCAGAAGAUGGAAACAUGGCUGGAAAACUUUGCGCAGCGUUGGGAUAAUUUAGUCCAAAAACUUGAAAAGAAUUCAGCACAGAUGAUUUCACAGGCUGUCACCACCACUCAGCCAUCACUAACACAGACAACUGUAAUGGAAACGGUAACUAUGGUGACCACGAGGGAACAAAUCCUGGUAAAGCAUGCCCAAGAGGAACUUCCACCACCACCUCCCCAAAAGAAGAGGCAGAUUAUUGUGGAUUCUGAAAUUAGAAAAAGGUUGGAUGUCGAUAUAACUGAACUUCACAGUUGGAUUACUCGUUCAGAAGCUGUAUUGCAGAGUCCUGAAUUUGCAAUCUAUCGGAAGGAAGGCAGCUUCUCAGAUCUUAAAGAAAAAGUCAAUGCCAUAGAGCGAGAAAAAGCCGAGAAGUUCAGAAAACUGCAAGAUGCCAGCAGAUCAGCUCAGGCCCUGGUGGAACAGAUGGUGAAUGAGGGUGUUAAUGCUGAUAGUAUCAAGCAAGCUUCAGAACAACUGAACAACCGGUGGGAUGAGUUCUGCCAGUUACUGAGUGAAAGACUUAACUGGCUGGAGUAUCAGAACAACAUCAUCACUUUCUACAAUCAGCUACAACAAUUGGAACAGAUGACAACUACAGCUGAAAAUUGGUUGAAAUCCCAACCCACCACCACAUCAGAUCCAACAGCGAUUAAAAGUCAGUUAAAAAUCUGUAAGGAUGAAGUGAACCGGCUGUCAGCUCUUCAGCCUCAAAUUGAGCGAUUAAAGAUUCAAAGUAUAGCCUUGAAAGAGAAAGGAGAAGGGCCAAUGUUCCUGGAUGCAGACUUCGUGGCCUUUAGAAAUCAUUUUAAUCAAGUGUUUGCAGAUGUGCAGGCCAGGGAGAAAGAGCUACAGAAAAUUUUUGACAGCUUGCCACCCAUGCGCUAUCAGGAGACCAUGACUACCAUCCUGACGUGGAUCCAGCAGUCAGAAGCAAAACUGUCUAUACCUCACAUUAAUGUCACUGAAUAUGAAAUCAUGGAGCAGAGACUUGGGGAGUUGCAGGCUUUGCAAAGUUCUCUCCAAGACCAACAAAGUGGCCUAAACUAUCUCAGCACCACUGUGAAAGAAAUAUCAAAGAAAGCUCCCUCUGAGAUUAGUCAGAAAUAUCAAUCAGAAUUUGAAGGGAUUGAAGUCCGUUGGAAGAAACUUUCCUCUCAGCUUGUUGAGUAUUGCCAAAAGCUGGAGGAACACAUGAAUAAACUCCGAAAAAUUCAGAACCACAUAAAAACUCUGAAGAAGUGGAUGGCUGAAGUUGAUGUUUUCCUAAAAGAGGAAUGGCCUGCCCUUGGUGAUUCAGAAAUUCUUAAAAAACAACUCAAACAAUGCAGGCUUUUAGUCAAUGAUAUUCAGACAAUCCAGCCCAGCCUAAACAGUGUCAAUGAAGGUGGGCAGAAGAUAAAGAAAGAAGCGGAGCCAGAGUUUGCUUCCAGGCUUGAGACAGAGCUCAGAGAACUCAAUGCUCAGUGGGAUCACGUGUGCCGACAGGUUUAUGCCAGAAAGGAAGCCUUAAAGGGAGGUUUGGAUCAAACUGUGAGCCUUCAGAAAGAUCUAUCAGAAAUGCAUGAAUGGAUGACACAAGCAGAGGAAGAAUACUUGGGAAGAGAUUUCGAGUAUAAAACCCCAGAUGAAUUGCAGAAAGCAGUUGAAGAGAUGAAGAGAGCUAAAGAAGAGGCCCAGCAAAAAGAAACAAAGGUGAAACUCCUUACUGAGUCUGUGAAUAAUGUUAUAGCUCAAGCUCAACCUGCAGCACAAGAGGCCUUAAAGAAGGAGCUUGACACUCUCACCACCAACUACCAGUGGCUCUGCACCAGGCUGAAUGGAAAAUGCAAGACUUUGGAAGAAGUUUGGGCGUGUUGGCAUGAGUUAUUGUCAUACUUAGAGAAGGCAAACAAGUGGCUAAAUGAAGUGGAGCUCAAACUUAAAACCACUGAAACAAUUCCUGGUGGAGCUGAGGAAAUCUCUGAGGUGCUGGAAUCACUUGAAAAUUUGAUGCAACAUUCAGAGGAUAACCCAAAUCAGAUUCGAGUGUUGGCACAGACCCUAACAGAUGGUGGAGUCAUGGAUGAACUGAUCAAUGAAGAACUUGAGACAUUUAAUUCUCGUUGGAGGGAACUACAUGAAGAGGGUAGUAUGAAUAAACACUUGAAGACCAAAACAAAAUAUUUAGAUGCAGCAGAAGCCACAGUGGGCAAUGUAACUAUGAACACAGACAAUGUAUUUCCUUGGGGUUAG